GUCUGUUAGCUAGUUCCCUAUGGUCUGUUCGCCAUAGCAACAACGUCCGCGUGCACCCUCGCAGCAUUCUCAGCCUGGGAAAGAGGAGGUAACAAUGCGAGAGGAUCGCUCUCGGUCAGCGGGACUGCCGCAGGAAUCCCCGUCAUCCACGAAGGACUGGAAUCCCCAAGCACUUACAGAGACGAUAAAUCACGUUGGCACAUCAGAUGCCUCCUCCUGGAAUACGCGUAAGCUAGGUCUUAGGAUAGGCGCCGACGUAGCCGCCGCGUCUGCAGCUGGAUUUCUCGUCGCGCCUGUCAUCACCCUCAUUGACCGAGGGAUCAUUGAGAAUGCGUCCGGACGCAAUACUCUGGGAGGUAGUCUCAAAAGCUCCUUCAAGGAGCUCCUGUUUCGACCCCAGCGAUUCGUCUUCUCGAAGCCGUUCGCCUUGAUAUUCUCACUUUACUUUGGUACCUAUAUGGCUGCUAACUCGAUCGACUCGGCUUUCUCUACCAUCCGCGCCCAAUCGGCCUCCACUGUGACCGCAGGUCUACCCAAAUUCGCCGCAACAUCCACAACCAAUCUUUCACUAUGUCUCUACAAGGACAGUCGCUUUACUCAGAUGUUCGGCGCGGCGAAUGCAGCACCUCGACCUGUUCCCACAGCCACGUUUGCCCUCUUUGCCCUAAGAGAUAGCCUUACUAUAUUCGCCUCCUUCAACCUCCCUGCACUCGUGGCACCGCACCUCUCUCAGCGUAUGGGCGAAUCACUUCAAAGAUAUAUCAGUAGUGCAAGUGCUGCUCAGAUAAUGACACCGGCGGCCCUGCAGGUGGUCAGCACGCCGCUACAUCUGCUUGGACUUGAUCUGUACAAUAGAGAACGGGCGGAGUGGCGGGAAAGAGCUGUCAAGGUGACGAAGGAUUGGGCGAAGAGCAGUCUCGCACGCAUGGGUCGAAUCGUUCCCGCGUUCGGAAUCGGAGGGGUGGUCAACACGCGGGUCAGGAGUGGAUUGAUGAAGAGGCUGGAGUAAAGCAUUCGAGUUGUCUUAGUGUCACUCAUCUACUUCUUUCCCAUAAUCAAUUUCGCGCUAUCAGCGUUCUUUUAGGAUUGGUUCAGGCGUUUUCGCAUGUCAUUUCCAGGCUUGUAGACGAUUUGGCCUGGUUUCCCGGUCUUGCAGAGCGCCAGCGAUCAGCUUCGUGUAUAGUAUGCUGAAUACACAUUGGG